UCCCAAAAGAGAAUGAUAUAAAUAUAUUUAAAAGAUGGCAGAGUGGGAAUUAUCUAAAGAGAAUAUCCAACCCUUAAAACAUGGACGAAAAAUGGCAACAUUAAAUAGUAUUCUUCAGGGCCGUGACGAGGAUGUUCAGAAACUGCUCCAUGAGGAGAGGAACAAAUAUGAGACGGAGCUCCGAUCUUAUGAUGGUUCAGAUCCACUGGAUCCUUGGUACAGAUAUAUUUCAUGGGUCGAACAGUCCUAUCCUAAAGGAGGAAAGGAAGGCAACAUUCACGUGUUAAUACAGAAGUGCAUUGAAGCUUUCAAGGAUGAUAAGAACUACAGUUUGGACCCGAGAUACCUGGAGGUAUGGUUGAAGUACGCUAGCAUGGCGAUUAAGCCUAUUGAUGUGUACAACUUCAUGUACAAGAAUGGUAUAUGUACAAGGCAGGCUGGAUUAUUUGAUGCCUGGUCCUGGCAUCUAGAAACUUCAAACAACUUCAAAUCUGCUGAAGCAGUUUUUCUUAAGGGAUUAGAUGCUCUGACAGAUAAGGAGGCCAAGCAAGGGCUUGCUGCUAGGAAGGCCCAGUUUGAAGCAAGGAUUGCAAAACGUCUAAAUGGUGAAGAAAUACCUGCUGAGGAGAUAGAAGAGCAGGAAGAACGAUCAGCUCUAGGAAGACUGAAAACAAGUGGAAAGCAUGGUAAAGUUGGCAGUGUUAGGGUUGGUUCUGUAAAGCUUGGAGGACCAGGGGUUCUGCAAUCCCAACCUCUAAAGCUUCCCCUUAAACCUAACAACACAGGAGGGUUCAAGGUUUUCAUUGAUGAGAAUGCCCCCUCCAGCAUCAAGCGUUCUGAUAAGGCUUCUCACUCAAUUCCUGUUAAGGAGGAUUAUAAAGAAAAUCAUCUCGCUGCAGGAAAAUGGAAUAGUGGCACCAAGGGACCUAAAGCUAUCAAUGUUCCUCUAAACAAAAUCAGUCAGCAUGCCAAACCAGCUUUUGCUGUUCAUGAAGAUAAUGUAGAGGCAGGUUCUACUGUUGCACCUCAUAUGCUUAACCCUGGAGAAAGUAAUAUUCUUUCUGCUAGGAAACUUGACAAAGAAGAUCCUACCCUGCAUUGUCCAAUAGCUCUGUUUGAACCUCCAGAUCCAACCAAGAGGUCUAUGUAUUGCAAAGAUAAGGUUUAUCAGGGAGCAACAGAGUUUAGUUUUGAAGAAUUAAGAGCUGUCAAGUGGAGAAUAAAAGAGAAGGCUGAUCUGGAAGCUUUGGCUAUAGAAAAGAAGAAGCAAGAGUUGGUGGAGAUGGAGAGAAGGUUGAUUGAGCGUCAAGAGGAAUUGGCUAGGCAGAUGGAAGAGUUUAAAAAAAUGGCUCUGAUGAACAAAAAGCCUGAAAUACUGGUAACAACGCCUAGUCUAUCGGAUUCUAGAAGUCUCCAAUCUUCCUCCAAUCCUGAUACAUCAACUGUAUCUUCUGACAGUUCUUAUAAAAGGGGUUACAUUAAUGAUUCUGGAAACCUUGCUGGAAGUCAAAAUCAGGGUUCUGUAACCCCUUCACCUCAUGGUCACAAAAAACCAUUGUUCCAUCCCUCACCCACGGUCAAUACCAAGGAAGCCUUAGCUCUGAUGCAACAGCUUUGGUCCACAUCCUCUGAAAUGGAUCACAACACAUCAGAACCUGCUUUAGCUCCCAAACAUCAGUUUCAAAUCUUCUCAGAUGAAGAACCUGCUUUGGUCUCUGCUCCAGCUCCUAAGUUUGAGAUCUUUGUUGAUAAAACUGAAGAGGUUCCCAAACUCGCAACAAGGAUUCCUUUCCAAAUAUUCUCUGAUGACAAGGAGAAUGCUGUAGUCAAACCUCCAAAGAAAUGGAAAGCUGUAGAUGUACCUGGUUCUAACUUUGAUAAAGAAAACCAGAUGCUUGAUACUGAAAAUGAUGAAAACAUGCCACCACCAGGAUUUGUUCAACCCUCCAUGCACUCUAGAGCAAAGACUGGAAUAUUAACACCUGCCGAAAAUGUUGAGUGGAUGCCCCUAGAUGAACAGGAGAAGUUAUUGGAUGAAGACGAGAAAAUGCAAGAAGAAUCUCUCGGCAUUGCUAAGCCAAUGAUUGGAAAUGCCACAAUGGUUCUUCCAAAUGAAGAUGAUUUCUACAAAAUGUCCAAAAUUUCUUCUACUCCUUUUACUGGGCGAAGCUUUGUCCCAAUGGAAGAUGAGAACACCUGUGACGUGCAGCUUUUUUUAAGCAAUAAGAAAGACGAUGACAGUUUUUUUAUGCCCCCUCCUCCGCCAACUGAUUUUGUUGCAGAAGGUCCUCCCCUAACUCCCUUAUCUCCCAUUGUUGAGACUUCAAGAGAGCAUUACAAGUCCAGCAGCAGCAGCAGUGGAGCUGAUACAACACAUGGAACCACAAGAGGAGACCAUAGUAAAUCCCACUGGGGGAACACAGGGGUGAGCACACACUUUAAAACAGCUGACAAUACAGCAGGACUUGGGUUUUCUCUGGGUGCUCGCACACCUGGAAAUGGAUUACUUUCAAAUUGUGCAUCUGGAUAUGUAGGAGACAAAUCUAGCAUGUCAAGCUCUACCACUUUCAAGCAGGACCGAGCACAUUUUGAUUUUAGGCAACGAAUGGGUUCUGGCAACCUUCAGGAUGAUGAUCAGACAGGGAUGUUCUCAGAUAUGUUGGCUGAGUUCAAGCAGGUUAUACAGAAACCAAGUGCUGAUGAAAACCAUAUUGAGACUUCUGUUCAUCCCAGCUUUUUGGAAACCAAAGAACGAUCUGAGUUGGUUGAGCAUAGUCUUCUUCACCAAAGUUCAAAAGUAGUUUCUGAUGGUAAGCACACAGUGUCAACAUUAAGCAUGACUGGGUUAAGGGUUCAGGAGCAAAGUAUUGCCCACCUUCAUUUUAACAGUACUAGUGAUGUCCUGCAUCUAACUUCUGGACCUGGAUUGAAUACGACUGAAGUCAACCAUGGCCUUCCAUCCACUGGACUUGAUCUGACUAGUGCUCCAGGAUUAGAUAUGACUGGAGAACCCUCUCUUAGUAGAACUGGUCUGAAGAUAGCUUUGGAUUUUGCUAAACCUAACCUGGACAUUACUGAUGCUCCAGGAUUAGAUAUGACUGGAGCACCCUCUCUUAGCAGGACUGGUCUGAAGGUACCUUUGGAUUUUACUAAACCUAACCUGGACAUUACUGAUGCUCCAGAGGCUGAUCUAUCUCUAAACCUCGCUGACCCUAUGCUAGAAGGAGUUGAUGAGAGGUUGGAUUUUACCAACUAUAAUCCUUUUUCUAUGGAAUGGCAGGAGAAGCUGCUGAGCUGUCUUCAUGUUCCUGUUCAUCAGAGACAUGGAUAUAUCAAGAUGGAGGAUAAACUUCCAAAUGUACGAGUCAAAUCAUGCUUAACCUUAGGAGAAGACAAGUUUGUAGUGACAGCGUUGAAGGGCGAAGGUGGAUUUGCUAAAGUAUAUUCUGCUAAAACUCAGCCUAAUGAUCUCAACUGUACCAUAGCGGGGAUAGAUGCUGUACUAAAGGUUAGAUACUUCUAG